CGGCGUCACGUGCGGGCGGGUCACGUGCGGGCGCUCCCUGAGGCGGGCGCGAUGGCGGAGGAGCAGCGGGCGCUGCUGGGCGCCGAUGGCGGCGAUGGCGGCGGCUCCCCGGGCCCUCCCCGCGCCCUGCCCGCCGCCUGCGACCCCCGCCGCCUGCCGCACCGCCUGCUCGUCCUGGCCCUCAUGUGCUUCCUGGGGUUCGGCAGCUACUUCUGCUACGACAACCCGGCCGCUCUGCAGACGCAGGUUCAGCGGGACAUGAAGGUGAACACGGCCCAGUUCAUGGCCCUCUACGCCUGGUACUCGUGGCCCAACGUGGUGCUGUGCUUCUUCGGGGGCUUCCUCAUAGACAGGGUGUUUGGCAUCCGGUUGGGCACUGUAAUAUUCAGCAGCUUUGUGUGUGUUGGGCAGGUGGUUUUUGCUCUGGGAGCACUGUUCAACACCUUCUGGCUGAUGGAAGUGGGCAGAUUCAUAUUUGGGAUUGGUGGGGAGUCCCUGGCAGUGGCCCAGAACACCUAUGCAGUGAGCUGGUUCAAGGGCAAGGAGCUCAACCUGGUGUUUGGACUGCAGCUCAGCAUGGCCAGGAUUGGGAGCACGGUGAACAUGAAUAUUAUGGGCUGGAUCUACUCCAGAGUUCAGGAUCUCCUGGGCCACGCUGGUCCCAGCACCCUCGGCCUGGCUCUGCUCAUAGGUGGGGUCACCUGUCUCUUCUCACUGAGCUGUGCUUUAAUCCUGGCUUACCUGGACAGGAGAGCAGAGAGGCUGCUCUGCAAAGAGCAGGGGAGAACAGGGGAAGUGAUCAAGCUGACAGAUGUGAAGGAUUUCUCCCUGUCCUUGUGGCUCAUCUUUGUCAUCUGUGUCUGUUACUACGCUGCAGUGUUCCCUUUCAUCGGCCUUGGCAAGGUUUUCUUUAUUGAAAAAUUCCGUUUUUCCCCUCAAGAAGCCAGUGCAAUUAACAGCAUCGUGUACAUCAUCUCAGCCCCCAUGUCCCCUGUGUUUGGCCUGCUGGUGGACAAAGUUGGCAAGAACAUCAUCUGGGUGCUGUGUGCUGUGCUCACCACGCUGGCCUCACACAUCCUGCUGGCCUUCACCUUCUGGAACCCCUGGAUAGCCAUGUGCCUGCUGGGCGUGUCCUAUUCCCUGCUGGCCUGUGCCCUGUGGCCCAUGGUGGCCUUCGUGGUCCCCGAGCACCAGCUGGGAACUGCCUAUGGCUUCAUGCAGUCCAUCCAGAACCUGGGCCUGGCAGUGAUUGCCAUAGCAGCUGGCAUGAUCCUGGACACCAGGGGAUACCUGUUCCUGGAGGUCUUCUUCAGUGCCUGUGUUUGCUUGUCACUGAUAGCUGUGGUCAUGCUGUACUUCGUGAAUCACCUCACAGGUGGUGAUCUCAACUGGUCUGCAAAGAAAAGGGCAAAACUGCAGAAAGCAGCUGCUUCUGAAGCAGAAGAGCAGGAGAGGCUCAGAAGGCAGAAUGAAGAUGAUUUGGCAAAAUUGCUGCCAAAAGCUGAUGCCUUUAGUUUAAGGAAUAAAUACCUGUCCAAGCUUGGAGCUCAGCUCCCAGCUCAUUACUGCUCCUGUUUCUCAACCCUGGCCCACAGAAGUGUGCUGAAAUAGCAGCUUGGCCCUGUGGAAAAGCAGGAAUACACUGAAUUUCCUGGGACACAGAGCCCAGCACCAGCAGAUGCUCCGUGCUUUGCUGCCAGCCUAGAUGCUAGAUUUAAAAUAGUGCCUAAAACUGCUCCUUGCUGGGCAGGGCAGAGGUGCUGGUGGGAACUGUGGCUCUGCUGGAACCUGGAGCAGCUGCUGCAGCCUCCUGCCAAUGCUCGUGAGUAGGAUCUGAUCCCUGGCUGGCAAAUGGGAAAACUCAAUCACUGAAUUGCUGGGGUGAGCCUGGAUGGAGGUGGGGACUUCCAGCCUCUCCCCUUGGACACCUUCAUUGCUCUGGUUUGUUCUUCUGAGAGAAGGAGGUGAGGAAAAGCUCCCAAGUGAGUAUUUCAGAGGAAUCUCCAAUUCCAGAAGGACAGAAAGUGCUCACCUUGGAAUUUAUCCCAGGUCUGGAACAGCAAUAACCUCUCCAAGCCUGAAUAAUGUGAAAACUGAUUUAUUUUUAAGAGUUAGUGACUAAAAACUAUAAAAAGAGUUAAAGCAAGAACUGACUUUUGCUUCCAGAGGGAAAAGCCUCCAAUUCCAUGGUGGAACUCAUCACUUUCCCAGCGUUGCAGUGGGAGGCUCCUUGCUGAACAGGGAGUUCCCAGAGCUCCUGCAGAGUGCACUUUGCUUUGGUUUAAUUACUCCUCCAGGUAAUUAGAUGAAUUAUCCCUGAAGUGAGCAGAUCUUGCUUCACAGGGCAGGAGCAGGAGGUUUGUGGAGCCCCGGGAAUGGGGAAUGUUCCUGGGAUGGCUCCAGGGAGUCUCAGGAGCCUUUGCCUUGUGUGUGGCUGCAGAGAGAGCAGUCUGUAGGAUAAAAAUGCUGCAUUUGAUGUAGGAUAUUCUUAAUUUAAUAUUUUUAAUUUAAGCAGAACUCACAGUCUUAAAGUUGGUUUGAAAAGAGGCUUUGCAGUGGAGAUUUCUUUGAUGAACCUGGACAAGUCUCAUUUUCCUGAAGGACCUUUUGGGUGCAAGUUCUGGAUUCUGAAGGACAAUGUGGGAGAGCAGAGCAGCAGCUUGGGAGCUCCUGCCCCUGAGCUCUGCUGGCUUUUACUGCUUUUGGUGGCUCCUCAGAACCAGCCCUGAGGGCUGGGCUUGGCUGGGGGUUUCCUUGUAGACCUGUGAGUUUUGGGUGGUUUUAAAUAAAACCUUCCACUGGACACUGGCUUGUUGAGGGUUCUCUUGUUGUCUUUGGGGUUUGUUGGGACAUUUUUUCCCUGGGAGGGGUGGAGAGUUUGGGGGAAUUUCUCUUUGAGGGUCCAAAGGCAAAGCUUCCCCCACUGCAGGGCUGUUGAUUUUUUGCGUGGGGAGGGAGAGAAUUAAACUGAAUUUUGCUCUUCUGCUUCUCUUGAGCUCUGCCACGUUCUGGUGGGAGGGAGGAGCUGCUCAGCUCUUCCCUCCAGGCCGGCAUUUCUCCUGUUUCAGUUUCACUUGCUGAAUGCCUGAACCCCCCAGGAUCCUGCCCAGCCCUGGGGGACAAAUUCCCUGUGAGCUGCACCCUCGGCUGGGUGUGGAGAGGGCUUUGACCCUCACUGGGCAGCGAUGGGCACAUUUAUUGAAAAUAUCUCAAAAUGGGGGAUUUUUGGGGCCAGUUUUCAGAAUCUGCUUGGUGCCAGAGGAGCCCUCUGGAAGGAGGGGCAGGGGAUGGAACGGGCACAGCUGGGAAGGCAGAUUUAUCCCAGGAAUUCUCUUUUCCAGCCAUCUCUCACUAGAGGUCAGCACCGCCCGCUGCUGCCUCGGGGUGUUGGGAAAUCGGGAAAUUGGGAUAGAAACCUUCAUGGCUGCGGCUGCGGGUUUGUUUUGGUGCCUGGUUGGCACGGGGUGCCCAUCCCUGGCAGUGCCCAGGGCCAGGCUGGACAGGGCUUGGGCUCCCCGGAGUGCUGGAACGAGUCCUCCCAGCCCAAAACAAUCGGGGAUUCCACGGAAUAGAGUCCAGUCUUUGGGAGAAGCACCUCAGUCCCUCACUUCUGCACUGAAUUUAUCUCCAAGACUCCAGGACUUGGUCAAAACCCCGGCUUUAUUCCCAGGAUGUCUGCAGGUUAACUUAGAACAGCAAGGCUGGAACUGAGCUCUACAAGGAUUUUUAUUGUAUUUUCACUUCCAUGUCAGGUGGGUUUGAAGAUCAGCUUCUCCUGCUCCUUUCAAGCCCCAGUUUGGAAAAUAUCGCUGUUGAAACGUGGAGAUUUUCACCAAACUUUUUUUUUUUUAAAACAAAAAUAUAGCAGUGACAUUAAUGUACAAUUAAUGUACAAUUCCAACAGCAGUGCUUGAUCCUUCCAGGUUUUAAAGAAGAAGCAAAACCAGAAGGGAAAUGUUCUCCCAGGGAGCAGCUUUAAGGUUCAAGUGCUCCUUUUGUUUGCAGCUGCAUCCUUAAUGUUCACAGGUCCCAUUAAUAUUCAUAAUAUUAGUAACAUUAAUACAAUUAGUAAUUAAAGUAUACAGUGUAAUUUUAUAAAUUUAAUUAACAUAUUUAAUGCAAUUAAAAUGCUGAUAUUAAUAAAAUUAAUCUGAUUUAUGAUUUGUUUCCAGGCUCGAGUGCAGCCCACCCCGAGUUCUCUGUUUGGAGUUCCAUCUCCGUGCCAGAAAGAAAGAAAAGUUUUGUUGUUGAAAUAAAGUAUUUGUUGUUGAAACCAAGUUUUAUUGUAGAAAUAAAAUUUCCUGUGUUGGAACACA